UGACGGAACGGGAGGAAUCGGUGGUGGAGGUAGAGGACACGGUGGAAGUGGAAACGGUGGAGGUGGUAACCCAGAGGGUAUGUCGUCUUCCGCCUCACAAAGUCCCGACAUCGCGUGCGCGAGCUUGCCGCUGGAACUACUGGCGGCUGGCGCGCUCGGCGUCAAGGAGGAGCGAGAGCUCACCGCCGCGGAGGAUCUGUCGUCGUCCCAAGAACCACCGAGUAACAGUAACAGUGCUGAGUCCCUGUCGGUGAUCGUGCCACCUCAGGACGUGGACGUGGACUCGCGUGACGCCGACUCGGAGCUCCUCAGUCCGGGCAAGCUAACGCCGACGUCCGGGAUAAGCGUAUCGGUCGCGAGUAUGAUCGACGCGACGGACUUCAGGGCGAUGCAGCCGGAGCCGACCUAUCAGACACUGACCUCGGUCGCGGAGAGGAUGUCGCCGCCCGGCUUCAGUCCCGGCUCGUCUUACGCGACCCUCACGCCGUUACAGCCGUUGCCGCCGAUCUCGACGAUGAGCGAUAAAUUUGUGUACAGUGCACACGCGGCCGGCGGCGUGACCGGCAGUUUCGCGGUGAUGCAGAACAACGGCCUCGGUAACAUCGGCCUCGGUAUGGGCAGCUCGCCGUACGCGUACGACAAACUGCCUUCGAUGGGCAUGUCGCCGCCGCACAAUUAUCCAUCUCCGGGGGCCGGUCUUCAACCGAGCCCAUUAUCGCCCCAGAGCGCGUACAGUCAGAGCGGUUUGAAUUCCCCGCACAAGUCCGCGAGUCCGCAUUACGAUCCGGCAUUUUUGCCGAGGUUACAACAAAGCCCAGCGGCUUUGAGCCCCUCGUCGCCGCCUGCUGUCUCGGCGACGGCCAGUUUCGCGCCUUCGCAUCAUUCCCCGCCCACGCACUCGGUACCGGCUGCCUCGCCGCCUCCUAUGCAGACGCAGCUACAGCAGCAGCAACAGCAGCAGCAGCAACAACAACAACAACAACAACAACAGCAGCAGCAACAGCAACAAUCGAUGCCACAGCAGACGAUAUCGCACACGCAGCACGUGCAGCACACAUCGGUGGUGAUGAAGACCGUGUCGUCGGCUGGGAACGGUGCCGGUGGCGAGGUCGAGGAGAUCAACACCAAGGAACUAGCCCAGAGGAUCAGCGCGGAGCUGAAGAGGUACAGCAUACCCCAGGCGAUAUUCGCCCAGAGGGUCCUGUGCCGUAGCCAGGGCACUCUGAGCGAUCUGUUACGGAACCCGAAACCCUGGUCGAAGCUGAAGAGCGGACGCGAAACCUUCCGACGGAUGUGGAAGUGGCUACAGGAGCCCGAGUUUCAGAGAAUGUCGGCCUUGCGGCUAGCAGCCCUGAGCAACUGCUCUGAGAGCGGAGGCGAGCCGGAUGCCAUGCUGGAUAUCCACCACCCAGGAACCGGUCUCGAGACUCAUCACCAACCGUUUCACAACUCAUAUGCUGCACAGAUUCCACAACGCGGAACAUGCAAGAGGAAAGACGAGAUGGCGAGCCAGGCAGAACACCAACAGCCCGCCCCCAAGAAACCGCGCCUGGUUUUCACAGACCUUCAGCGCCGUACUCUACAGGCUAUUUUUAAAGAGACCAAAAGGCCGUCGAAAGAGAUGCAGGUGACAAUCGCCAGGCAGCUGGGCCUGGAGCCGACGACGGUCGGCAACUUCUUCAUGAACGCUCGACGCCGCUCCAUGGACAAGUGGAAGGACGAGGACCCGAAGACUGUGGCGGUCGACGAGGGACAAUUAUCACCCACAAUAGGUAUCGGGCAACGGCAGCCAAGCGACGUUUUGUGACACACGUCCGACCACGAGGAGUACCACGACGAGUCGCCCGACGAAGAUCUGCCCUUCUCGUAAAAUGGGGGCGGAAUCGCACACGCGUAUAAUUCUCGCGACGCCCGACGCUCGCGAUGCAACGAUAUUCACACCGGUCGUGUUAGUUACCGACCACUGACCUGGAACGUCAGUAUUCCACACGCGAAACCUAUAGACUCACUGCACACAGAACCCCACGUCGUCCCUUUUUGUCCAUUAGCCGAACGGUGAAUCUUCGA